AUGAAUGAUGAUUUUUCAAGGGUCCUCAGCCAACAAAUUGAGUAUUUCUCAAGUGAUCCUAAUGCUGAUAGGAUAAACCGGCUUAAAGGUGAAAGGAGCCAGGUUCGGAAUGUCAUGAUUGAGAACAUUGAUAAAGUUCUGGAUAGAGGUGAUCGGCUAGAAUUAUUGGUUGAUAACAUUGCCACUAUGCAAGGGAACACUUUACGAUUCAGGAAGCAAGCUCGCCAUUUUAGAAACAAUGUAUGGUGGAGAAAUGUCAAGCUUACGAUUGCAUUGAUAUUCCUUCUCCUGUGUAUGCUCAAUUCUUCCGCUUCAUAUCUCCUUGAUAUGCCUGAAGAAGCUGUUGAUUUUAUGGUCUUGAUUCCGUGGUAUUUGUUCUGCUGCUCAAAUUAUCACAAUGUUGCCCCAAAAAGGAAAUACAUUGCCUUUGUCUCAACUGAGGCCAUAGAGGGAACUCAUGCCUGGUAUUGA